AUGAGAAACGAUGACUCGCUUAUUUCUUUCUCUACUGGUCGUCUCGUCUCCGCGUCUUUAAAAGGGCGUAAUCGCACCUCGAAAAACCCCAUCUCCACUCGCUUUUCUCCCUCGAUCUCGAUUCAUCCUCGCCGAAUCGUCUAUCUUCCUCCGAUCUCAACCAUCCUUUCGGAAUAUCCCUCUCGAUCGAGGUACGUAUCGUUAAAAUCGGUGAUUCGACGGUCCGGAUCGGAGGCUUCCCCUUUCCGAGGGUCUCCUCUUCCGAUUCUAGGGCUUUCUUGGUUUUCUGCGCUUUUCCUUUCGUUUUUGGUGGAGAAAUGGAAAUUUAGGGUUUUAUUCUUCGGAUUCCUGGGGUUUUGCUUUUUCUCAAGUUCUUUUAGGGUUUUAUUGGGAAUUACAGCAUCAGAUGCUGAGAAGAAACUGGGAUUCGAAGUAAUUUGGAGAUUUCUAGGCUUUUUGCUAGGGUUUCAGCUGCAAAAACUGAUGCUGAAGAAGUAAGAGUUUCAUUUUCUUUUCUUUUUUUGGAGAUUUUGAUUUGAAGUGGGAAAGAUGGAGGGUCCGAAAUUCCCUGGGAGUAUUAUUGGUAAUAACAAUGAGAACAACUUCUACGACUUCACCCAAGGGUUCUACCAGAAGCUUGGGGAGGGCUCCAACAUGUCGAUUGACAGUGUUGGGAGCCUGCAGACAGCCGGCGGCGGUUCUGUCUCGAUGUCUGUUGAUAACAGCAGCGUUGGCUCUAAUGAUUCCCACACCCGCAUAUUAAACCACCCUGGGUUGCAUGCUGUCACGAAUAACUACUCUGUUGGGCACAGCGUCCUUCGCCCUGGGAAAGUCUCACAUGCUCUAAGCGAUGAUGUGUUGGCCCAAGCUUUGAUGGACAACAGAUUCACCACAGAAGGGCUUGAGAAUUAUGACGAGUGGACGAUUGAUCUGAGGAAACUUAAUAUGGGCAUGGCCUUCGCACAGGGGGCAUUUGGGAAGCUUUAUAAGGGCACUUAUAAUGGAGAAGAUGUUGCUAUUAAGAUAUUGGAAAGGCCUGAGAACAGUCCGGAGCGGGCACAGUUGAUGGAGCAGCAGUUUGCGCAAGAAGUAAUGAUGCUUGCAACACUAAAGCAUCCAAACAUUGUGAGGUUUAUUGGGGCAUGCCGGAAACCAAUGGUCUGGUGUAUUGUGACUGAGUAUGCUAAAGGUGGUUCAGUUCGGCAGUUCUUGAUGAGACGGCAGAACAGGUCAGUGCCAUUGAAGCUGGCAGUCAAGCAGGCUUUGGAUGUUGCAAGGGGGAUGGCAUAUGUGCACGGCCUGGGGUUUAUUCAUAGGGAUCUAAAGUCAGACAACUUGUUGAUUUUUACCGACAAAUCGAUCAAAAUUGCGGAUUUUGGGGUGGCAAGGAUCGAGGUGCAGACGGAGGGGAUGACACCAGAGACGGGAACGUACCGUUGGAUGGCUCCGGAGAUGAUCCAGCACAGGCCAUACAACCAGAAAGUUGACGUGUAUAGCUUUGGUAUUGUCCUGUGGGAGCUCAUAACUGGCAUGCUUCCCUUCCAAAACAUGACCGCUGUCCAGGCCGCCUUUGCAGUCGUCAACAAGGGUGUAAGGCCAAUCAUACCCCACGACUGUCUGCCAGUGCUCGGCGAGAUCAUGACCCGUUGCUGGGAUGCCAAUCCUGAAGUCCGCCCGCCCUUUGCUGAGGUUGUUCGGAUGCUUGAGAAUGCUGAAACUGAGAUCAUGACCACCGUCCGCAAGGCCCGUUUCCGGUGUUGCAUGACGCAACCAAUGACUGCUGACUGAAAAGAGGUGAAUUCAUCGAUCCCCCUGUGUAUCUAUCGUAUUUUCUUUGGAUAGGAAAGAAAAAGAAAGAAUAGUCACUUGGACUGCUGGUUUCUGGUCUUUUACUGGACUGCUGCUGAAAAUAGAGAUUUGAUUGUGUAUCCCUGCUGCCAUAUAUGUGAGCUUUAGUUGCUUUGCGUAGCAGAAGCUUCCUAUCAGAUCCCUUUGGUUUUACUUUUUUCUUGUUGUUGUUGGAUACUCUGUUGUAUUAAGUUGUUACGGCUUAUUUCAUCUUUCCCUAAACAUGGAAAAUUUUCUUCUAUCAAUAUAAGUAUGCAGUUUGAGAGAAAA